AUGACACCCGCUCAAGAUAAAGAAAUAACAUUAGAAUCAUUCGCCGACAAUGCUUCCAUCCCCACCUCCGCCACCACCACCAAAUCAUCAAAACCAACAGAAGCAGACAUGAUCUUCUACUAUCAACGUCUCUUCCCCUUCCGCCAAAUCUUCCAAUGGUUAUCCCACUCCCCUAAACCCACCCAGGACUUCACCAUGCGAGAAUUCGCCUAUGAAUACCGGUCGGGGGCAUAUUCGAGAUAUAAUUCCUUCCUGACCCUCGACGACUUCAAAAAAUCAGUGAUAUUGGCAAAUCCUACUCGGUUUGAAAUUGGGGCGAAAUAUAACAUAAAUCCAAACCAAAGGAAACAUGUCCCUAAGAGUGCGUUGAAGCCCGUGUCGAAGGAAUUGGUGUUUGAUAUUGAUUUGACGGAUUAUGAUGGGAUAAGAACUUGUUGUGCCGGUACUGAUAUUUGUGAGAAAUGUUGGAGAUUUAUUCAAGUGGGGUCGAAGAUUUUGGAUGGGGCGUUGAGACAGGAUUUUGGGUUUGAGAAUUUGGUGUGGGUGUUUUCGGGGAGAAGGGGGGCGCAUUGUUGGGUGAGUGAUGCUAGAGCCAGGGAGUUGGAUGAGGGGGCAAGAAGGGGGAUAGUUGAGUAUUUGGAUGUUUUGGGUGGGAAGAGUGGAGGUGGUAAUAAAGGGGGAAUGAAUAUUAAGAGACCUUUCCAUCCCCAUGUUGAAAGAUCAUUUGAGAUAUUGAAGGGGGAAUUUACUAGUAUUGUUUUGGAUGAACAGAAUCCUUGGGUGACUGAGUUUGGAAGUGAUGAUAAUUGGAAUAAAGUGGAUGAAUUGUUGGGGUUUAUACCUAAUAAACAAUUACAAUUGGAAUUAAAGAAUAAAUGGAAAUCUCAAACAAGAUAUUCUGAUUCAAGAUCAAAAUGGGAAGAUUUAAAUUCAGUGGCAAGGCUGGUACUUAAAAAUAAUAGUCAAGUUAAUCAAUUAAAUGAAGCUAAAAAGGAUAUUAUCAUUUAUUAUAUGUAUCCAAGAUUAGAUGUUGAAGUUUCAAGACAAUUAAUUCAUUUAUUGAAAUCUCCAUUUUGUAUUCAUCCAAGUACUGGGAAUAUUUGUGUCCCAUUUGAUCCAACCAAGAAUAUUUCGGGAAAUAAUCAAGAUGAUGAAUAUGGUUUCAAUCCAAUGCAUGCUCCUAAUUUAAAACAAAUCCAAAAUGAAUUAGAAAACUAUAUGGAUGAAGAUAAUAAUGAAGAUGAUGAUGGUGAACAUAAAAUACAAGAUUUUGAAAAGACUAGUUUAAAGCCAUAUAUCAAUUAUUUUAGUAAGUUUGUUAAUGAAUUAAUUAAAACUGAAUUAAAAGGUAUUGGAUCUAAACGAGAAAGAGAUGAUGAUAAUUUAGAAUUUUAA